UCAAAAUCACACGAACAACUCCUCCCAUUCCAACGCAAAAACCACAUUAAAACUGUAAGAAUUUUCAGCAAUUCGAUCAGCUUACAGACUCCCCCGAUCUUAAUCGAGAGGAGAGCAGUGAGAUGGGAGACAAUGGAGGCGGAAAUCAGGCGAUGAAGGCGUCGGCUGACUCAAUGCUAACCGUCGCCGAUAAGGCUCCCCUUACUUUAAAGAGAAAAGUCCGAUCUGAUCUCGAUGUUAAACUCGCUAAACCUUAUUUGGCUCGAGCUAUGGCUGCACCAGAUUGGUAUAACGUGGAUGGGUCAUGGGGAUAUCACAAGCACCAUAACAUGUCAGUUCUUCAACAGCAUGUAGCUUUCUUUGAUCAAGACGAUAAUGGCAUCAUCUACCCCUCGGAAACUUUCAAGGGAUUUCGUGACAUCGGAUUCAAUGUUGUUGCUUGUUUGUUCUUCGCCAUGCUUAUUCAUGGAGCUAUGAGUUACGCUACUCUUCCUACUUGGUUACCAUCACCUCACUUCCCGAUUUACAUAGAAAACAUACACAAGUGCAAGCAUGGAAGUGAUUCUGCAACUUAUGACACCGAAGGAAGAUAUGUUCCAGCAAACUUCGAGAACAUUUUCAGCAAAUAUGCUCAAACAAAGGCAGACAAGCUCUCCUUCAAAGAACUCUGGCAAAUGACAGAUGCAAAUCGCAAUGCCUUCGAUUUCUUUGGCUGGAUUGCAAGCAAGUUGGAAUGGGGAGUACUUUAUAUGCUUGCCAAGGAUACAGAAGGAUUUUUAUCGAAAGAAUCCGUAAGAAGGUGCUUUGAUGGAAGCUUGUUUGAGUUUUGUGCAAAAAUGCAAAAGGGUUAUGUUGAUAAAAAUGACUAAUUAAUUAAGCUUUUCUUCCAAUAAUAAUAUUUCCGAUCGAUAUUUGUAUGUUUAGG